AGACAAGUCAAGAGGGAGAAAGAGAGGAGUGCUGAACGAUGAGAGAGAAUCUCGGCAGUGUGUCAACCCCAAACAUGGCAUUUACAGACUACGUGAAUCCCACAGAGCUGGCCACGGACAAGGAGAUAAAGAGGAAUAACUGGAGGAACAGAAUAGGAUUUCUCCUGAAGACAAACUCUUCAGUACUGCAGCGCGUGAAAGUCAGACACUACAGGCCAAGCGUGGAUGACGUGAGCCAAUGGGCGCAGUCGCUUGACAAGCUGCUCAGUCAUAAAUAUGGGAAAACCGCCUUUUGUAUGUUUCUGAGGUCUGAGUUCUGCGAAGAGAACAUUGAGUUUUGGUCAGCCUGCGAGGAGUACAAGAAGCUCACAUCGCAGAAGGAUCUGGCGUCCAAGGCCAACAGCAUUUAUGAGGAGUUCAUUAAAAGUGAAGCUCCAAAGGAGAUCAACUUGGAUUUCCACACCAGAAACGCCAUUGUGCAGGGCCUCCACCAGCCGACUGCAACUAGCUUCCUGGCAGCUCAGAGGAAAAUCUACAACCUGAUGGAGAACAACUCGUACCCCAGGUUUAUCAGCUCCGACCUCUACAAAGAUCUGUGCACAGCUGCUGAAAGAGACGCCAAGCACAUUAAGUCCUAGCCAAACUAGACACCCAGUCGUGGAGUCAUUUGUUUACCACUGUGACUGUGAAUAGACUGCGCACAAUGUUCAUUGCGGGCACUACCUCAGUACAAAACAGCUGAAUGCAAAUUCUUAGCAUAAACAUUAACGGGCAAGUGUGGAAUAUGCAAAGCGUUGUCCCGCUGAGAGCUCUCAACAAGGAAGCGGGAAUGAUUAGGCCGGAUGCUGUAUGAUGCUCCAAACAGUGCACAGACUGUCUCGAGCAGAUGGGAUUAAUGUUUUCAUCACUGAGCCAUUACCUGCACCUUCUUCCCAAUGCCAUUAGAAUUUGGUAUUUUGAGCAAUGGUGCCUCAUGCCACUGCAUUCAAAGUCCAAACACUUAACUCUGCGUCUCUUACCUUACAUUAAACCAACAGCAUUUUCUGUCAUGAUAUCCAGUUGAACACUGUAUGAGUCAAACGCACCUGCCAUUAAACCCUAGUUUGCAUUUCUCUGAUGUUUGCACCAGUUUACAUUUUUAAAAAAUGCAGCUUUAAUUUAUAUGAUAAUAUCCACUGUUUCAUCUGAUGGCUGCAUUUGGCCUGAAAUGACUGUGACAUUGUAAGAUACUGUAAUUAUGUGAUGUUGCAUUAUGUGUUUAAUGUGAAUUUUAGCAUGGGGCAGCUGGACUGUUUUCAGAAUAAAAUGUGUUCUUCAGUGCUGAAA